AUGAUGCCCGCCAGGCCCCCCGUCGCAUUUCUGCAGCCCCUUCCAGUUCAGUUCGCCGGCACGCACACGCAACGUGACCAGACCCAACUGAACAAGAAUGGACGCCACCCGCGCCCUCCUCCUGCCCCGGAUCGACGGCGCCGUCCCCGGCGUCGUGGACUUCCGCGGCGGCCCCGCCCCGCGCGCCUCCACCGGCCGAUGGUCCGCCGCCAUGUUCGUCCUCGUGUGGAGAUCGCGGAGCGCUUCGCGUACCACGGGGUGUCGGCCAACCUCAUCAGCUACCUGACGGGGCCGCUGGGGGAGUCCACGGCCGGCGCCGCCGCGGCGAUCAACGCGUGGAGCGGCGUGGCCACGAUGCUGCCGCUGCUGGUGGCCUGCGUCGCCGACGCCUGGCUCGGGAGGUUCCGCACCAUCGUGCUCGCCUCCGUCCUCUUCGUCGUGAGCAUGGGCAUGCUGACCCUGUCCUCGGCGCUGCCGGUGUUCCACUCGGACGGGUGCACCAGCUUCACCUCGCUCUCGGGCGCGUGCUCGCCGUCGCCGGUGCAGGUGACCAUCUUCUACGUCUCGCUCUACCUGGUGGCGCUGGCGGAGGCCGGGCACAAGCCCUGCGCGCAGGCGUUCGGCGCCGACCAGUUCGACCAGCACCACCCCGAGGAGUCCGUCUCCCGGAGCUCCUUCUUCAACUGGUGGUACUUCGGCAUGUGCUCCGGCACCGCCGCCACUACCAUGGUCUCCAGCUAUAUCCAGGACAACAUCGGCUGGGGCCUCGGCUUCGGCAUCCCCUGCCUCGUCAUGGUCUUCGCGCUCGCCAUGUUCCUGCUCGGCACCCGCCGCUACCGCUACUACACCUCCACCCAGUCCAGCCCCUUCGCGCGCCUCGCCAGGGCCUUCGUCGCGCUCCUCAAAGGCUCCAAAUCCAGCCAAUGCGCCAAUACUCUUGCGGGCGAGGAUGGUGAGUUCAACGCGGAGCACCGGGAGGAAGUUCGGGGCCUGCUGCGGCUGUUCCCCAUCUGGGCGACGUGCAUCAUCUACGCCGUCAUCUUCUCCCAGUCGUCGACCUUCUUCACGAAGCAGGCCGCGACGCUGGACCGGCGGAUCGGCGCCACCUUCCGCGUGCCGCCGGCGGCGCUGCAGACGUUCAUCAGCCUGACCAUCAUCACCUUCAUCCCAGUCUACGACCGGCUGUUCGUGCCAGCGGCGCGGCGGUUCACGCGCCUGUCCUCGGGCAUCACCAUGCUGCAGAGGAUCGGCACGGGGCUGGUCCUGGCGCUGGUGGCCAUGGUGGUGGCGGCGCUGGUGGAGGCGAGGCGGCUGGGCGUGGCGAGGGACGCCGGCCUCGUGGACGACCCCAAGGUGGCGCUGCCGAUGAGCCUGUGGUGGAUGGUGACGCAGUACGUGCUGUUCGGGCUGUCGGACGUGUUCGCCAUGAUCGGGCUGCAGGAGUUCUUCUACGACCAGGUCCCCGACGCGCUGCGCAGCCUGGGGCUGGCCUUCUUCCUCAGCAUCUUCGGGGUGGGCCACUUCCUGAGCAGCUUCCUCAUCUCCGCCAUCGACGGCGCCACCAAGAAGAGCGGCGCCAGCUGGUUCUCCAACAACCUCAACCGCGCGCACCUCGACUACUUCUACUGGCUGCUCGCCGGGCUCUGCGCGGCGGAGCUGGCCGCGUUCGUGGUUGUCUCGCGCGUCUAUGUGUACAAGAAGAGGGUGGCUCACCAUGACCAUGACGACGGUGGUGCUGUCAUGUAA